CCAACUGACUCUCACUUCCCCAUUUUGCAACUAGAUGAGCCUACAAAGAGGAACUGGUGGCUUUAGGAGAACUGGUGAAUUUUCUGUGUCAGUAGCUGCUUUCUUUCCCAUCCAUUCAGUUUGCACCAAGUUCACUUAGAGUUGGUGUGUGACUGGGGCUGUCUGAGCCAUGAACAGCUUCAGGGCUGCCCUCCUCUUCUGGUCAGUGGCAGCAUGGGCUAAAAUGGACAAGCUUCUGGGAGAGAAGAUAGAUGAGGCUGGAUUUCAAAAAUGCAAAAGUGCCUUGAACCUACCUGUUCUGGAAGUCUUACCUGGAGGAGGCUGGGAUAACCUGCGGAAUGUGGACAUGGGGCGGGUGAUGGCCUUGACCUACACCAACUGCAGGACCACAGAGGACGGAGAAUACAUCAUCCCUGAUGACAUCUUCACCAUUCCCCAGAAACAGAGCAACCUGGAGAUGAAUUCAGAUAUCCUGGAAUCCUGGACGAAUUACCAGAGCAGUACCUCCAACUCCAUCAACCUGGAGCUCACCCUUUUCUCCAAGGUCAAUGGCAAGUUCUCCUCUGAAUUCCAGAGGAUGAAGACCCUUCAAGUGAAGAACCAAGCUAUAACUACCCGGGUUCAGGUAAGAAACCUGGUCUACACAGUCAAAAUCAACCCAACUUCAGAAUUAAGCUGGGGGUUCCAGAAGGAGCUCACGGACAUCUCCGACCACCUGGAGAACAACCAGACACGGAUGGCCACCUACCUGGCGGAACUUCUGGUCCUCAACUACGGCACCCACGUCAUUACCAGUGUGGAUGCUGGGGCUGCUCUCAUUCAGGAGGACUACCUCAGAGCCUCCUUCCUGGAGAACAGCCAGAGCAGCCACAGCACUGUGACGGCAUCCGCUGGAGUUACCUUCCAAAACAUCAUAAACUUCAAAUUUGAGGACAACUACACCUCACAGAAUGCCCUCACCAAGAGCUACCUCUCAAACCGAACCAACUCCAGGGUGCAAAGCCUGGGAGGGGUUCCUUUUUACCCAGGCAUCACCCUCCAGGUCUGGCAGCAAGCCAUCACCAACCACCUGGUGGCCAUCGACCGAGCUGGCCUGCCUCUCUAUUUCUUUAUCAACCCAGACCUGCUGCCUGGUUUGCCAGGCCCCUUGGUGAAGAAGUUGUCUAAGACGGUAGAAGCUGCUGUGAGGCGCUAUUACACGUUCAACACCUACCCUGGAUGCACGGAUCUCAAUUCGCCAAACUUCAAUUUUCAGGCCAAUACUGAUGAUGGCUCCUGUGAAGGGAAAAUGACCAACUUCUCCUUUGGCGGGGUUUAUCAGGAAUGCACUCAGCUCUUGGGGAAUGGGGUUAUCCUCCUCUGCCAGAACUUGGAGCAGAAGAAUCCACUCACUGGAGACUUUUCUUGCCCCUCUGGCUACUCCCCAAUCCACCUGCUUUCCCAGAUCCACGAGGAGGGUUACAACCACCUGGAGUGCCUGAGGAAGUGCACCUUCCUCUUCUUCUGCAAGACAGUGUGCGAAGAUGUGUUCCGGGUGGCAAAGGCUGAAUUUAGGGCUUUUUGGUGUGCAGCCAGUGGACAAGUACCCGAGAACUCAGGACUGCUUUUUGGGGGCCUCUUCAGUGGGAAGAGCAUAAACCCUUUGACAAACGCGCAGUCGUGCCCGGCUGGCUAUUUUCCACUGAGGCUCUUUGAAAGCCUCAAGGUAUGUGCCUCUCAGGACUAUGAGUUGGGGUACAGGUUUUCAGUCCCCUUUGGUGGGUUCUUCAGCUGCGUGGCUGGAAACCCACUGGUGGAUCCUGCCAUAUCCAGAGAUAUAGGGGCACCUUCCUUGAAAAAGUGUCCCGGGGGCUUUAGCCAACACCUGGCACUCAUCAGCGAUGGGUGCCAAGUGUCCUACUGCGUCAAAUCUGGGCUCUUUACUGGCGGGUCCCUGCCCCCCGUCAGGCUCCCGCCUUACACUCGACCACCCCUCAUGAGUCAGGCUGCCACCAACACUGUGAUGGUGACCAACACUGAGACCACAAGCUCCUGGAUUAAAGACUACAAGACCCACCAGUGGAGGCUGGGAGAGCCACUGGAGCUGCGCAGAGCCAUGAAAGACAUCCACGGGGACAGCAGUGGUCUGUCGGGAGGGGCAGCAGCUGGGGUCACAGUGGCGGUCACCACCAUCCUGGCAGCCGUCAUCGCCCUGGGCAUCUAUGGCAUACGCAAGUACAGGAAAAGAGAAUACCAGGCACUCGAAGAAGAGAGGCAGAGCUUGGCUCCGGGUGCUGCAACAACAGGAGACAGCCCCGACAAAAAGCAGGAGCUAAGUCCAGCCUAAAUCUCUGCUGGAAAGCUGUUUCCUGCCAUCCCUGCCCAGGGCUGCCAGCGCAUCUUUUGUUCCUCUCCUCUCUACUUGUGCCUUCCUCAUUCCUGAAGUGGCAAGUCAGCAGAAACAGGUAUUACUUUGUGACUUCUUCUUGAGGUCUCUGGCCCAGGAAAUUACUGGAGCACACAGACAAGGUUGCCAGUGCUGGGAGCAAUCGUGCCUUUUUAGGCAAAAAUCAUCCUGGGUGCUAAAACAAGAAGGGGGUUGUGUCUUUUCUCUAUGUGCAUCACAAAUUGUCUUCACUGGAAUGCAUUCGUAUAAAAAGAGAGGUGGGAGAAUGCUGGCAUUUUGAUUUGGAGACUAGGCAUUUAAUCUGAGGUCUGGGGUGGCUCGUGAGCUAUAGUCAUACAUGAGCUAUAAGAAUUUCUGCCUUUAUGUAUUGCUCGGCCAGUUUUGUUCUGUGUCUUUAAAAACUGCAUGGAUUUCAUACUCCUGGAGGCUGACAAAACCCCCCAAAAACAUGGGCAGUCCUGUUUGGCCACUGCCUUUUAGCUUUGGGGGCCUCAUGUUGACAGAUGGUGUCAUCUCUGGAUCAUCUCAGGGUCUCCCAUCUGAAAAUAAGAUGCUGUCUAUACCAAUCCCACUUCUUCCACCUUCCCCACAGUUAAGAUUUACUUAGAUUAGACAACUUUUGGACUCCUAACCAUUGUCAUAAAGCCCCCUGAAAAUAUUUUAACUUAUCAACUUCUAUUAGGAGGUCAGGGGAGUGGGGAUAGUUGGGAGACAAGCAGUAAGUGAAGAAAGUGUACAACCUAGAUAAGAUUCAGAUGCUCAGGGGAAGCUGGAAUUCUUACCCCCAACUAACUACUUGGUUGAUUUUUCUUAGCUCAGUAUAAAUGGGGCACCUAAAAGGAGACAUAGAUUUGGAUAGAUCCAGCAUUACCAUUUCAUGUUCUAGUUUACGAGAGCACAACAUCCUCCUCUUCCACGGAUGGCCCUUGACCCUUCUGUCCUUUCACUGCAUGCAAAUACACACACAUGCACCCCCAUAACACAUAUACACCUCCCAUGCACACAAACAUACAUAUACCCAUAAGCACACACUAACAUACACACUUACCAUGAAAACAUAUACACCUCACUGCACACCCACAUAACCCUCCAAUGCACAUGCAUCUCACACGCACACACCAACACACAUACAUACACACCCACACCCAUAGUCCCCAAAGAAAUUUGCAUUUUUCAGGAAGGGAGCAAAGUCAGAGUCAGCUCCCACUUAAGCAUUACUUCCCCUCCAAAAUGAAAGCAGAAGAGAAAGCAUCAGUUAUGCACCCUGCCUUUUUUCCCAGCAGAAAGGGGUGUCGGCAGGAUCAAAUCCAUGUUUUGAAAUGAAAUGAAAAGGCAUCCAGCACCACUUAUGAAGCAUUUAUUUCAGUUCUAGGCUCACUUCCCUGGGGCACCCAGCAGGAUGCACGAUUGUCACCUGGCAGUGUUUUAGGCUUUGCCCAAUUUUAAUACCAAUCUCACCUAAUCAUAAUUACCAAGGCAAAUCUAUUAAUGUUGCACCACAACAUUUUAAAAAAUUAUGUAUUUCCUCCCCACGUCAAAUGCCAUUAGUGAGUUAUGUUCUUUGUAGGGUGACUUGUUCUCUCCUCAUUAAUGUUGAGAAUUAAAAGCUUAUACUUACAACAGCCCUUUCUUCUGAGAAGCCUGUGGGCAGAUGGGAACGAGGCUGCUCGUUCACCUCCAACUGAGACACAGAGAGAAGUGAAUAACGGAAUCUGAGCCCUGCUCUCCUGAAGACCCAACAGAGACACUGACUUCUACAACCUCUUCACUUAACCCUACCUCUUCUAGAGCUUUCAAGAAAGGCACUAAACCAUUCUCCUAAACUCUGGGUGUUCGGUGAGUUAAGUUUCAGCCAAGCUAACCACUUUUCUGCAAAUACCAAGUUUCCCAUGAAUUCUUUGAAGACUAACGAGUCAGAGAGACAAAUUAUAGCCAAAGGCUCCCAGACUUUUAAUGCACUAACUGUCCAUUGAAAUAAAAGUUCUCCAUAAACUUAUGUUUUCUACUAACAAAAUUGCACAAAAAUAUGCAUUAAAAUAUGUUCUUAAGAAA